GCUUAGUUAAUUCUAAUUUUAUCUUUAGUUUUUCGUGUGUUUGUUGUAUAAAUGUGUAUUUAAUCUUGGGAUGUAAGGGUUUGUUACGGCGGCCAUUGCAGAGGUGCCAACAUAUUAGCAACAGCAGUGGUUAACGUCAGGGAUCGACGACUUUCGUUUCGUUGUUUGUGUUGUUGUUUUUUUGAAGGGGCUCCGACUUUUGUGCUGCCGCAUCGAAUCAAUUGGAUCUUUGUUGCCGGAAAGAAGUGUGCGGUAGAGACUGCAGGAAGGUAGGAAGGAAGGAUGUCUCGAUCGAUCCGCGCGGAAACACGUAGCAGGGCCAAAGAUGACAUCAAGAAGAUCAUGCAGGCUGUGGAGAGGGUCAGGCAUUGGGAGAAGAAAUGGGUGACCAUCGGUGACACAAGCAUGAAGAUCUACAAAUGGGUGCCUGUUGUCAGUGGGGAACCGAAGAAGCUGAAAAGGGAGCACAACAAGGAGAACAACAGCCAUCAGAUGAGGAAGCCUGCGACGGACUCCUCGAACUCGAAUUUCAGCAUGGCCGAGGACUCGAACACAUGUUUUUCGACGGUGAGCGACUCCCAGGGACCCACCGACCUCUCGCACAUCACCUUCUCCGAGGAUUCGAACUCGCACAGCAACGAGCUGCCCACCAAACGGAUGAAGACUGAAUAAAUUGUUCAUGCAAAUAGAUAAAUUAAGGAGGGCAAUGCUAUUGCUGCAAAUGACGAAGAAGACGACACGAAUCUUCGCCAAAAACAAAACAAACAAAGUAGGGAUCUGGUCUUCGCAAUCAUCAACUCUAUCUGGAAGAGACCAAAACAAAACAACAACAAAAACAAAA